AGGGAGGGAGCGCUGCCACCACCUUUCUGUCGGCGGACGCAAUCUGCCGGCUUCCGCGGCGCCUUUAAGGUGCAAGCAGAACUGCGAUCCGGAGAGCAAGCCGGGGAGGUCGGCCGAGGGGGAGUGCUGCAAUCGGGGGCGACCCUUGGGAGGCGGGCAGAGGCGGCAGGAGGUGAAACCAAGCCUUAAAAAGACGAGAUGGAUCUCCAUGUGCUGAACAUGUUUGUCAUAGCUGGAGGGACUUUGGCCAUCCCCAUCUUAGCCUUCGUGGCUUCAUUUCUGCUGUGGCCCUCAGCGCUGAUCAGAAUCUAUUAUUGGUACUGGCGUCGAACUCUGGGCAUGCAGGUUCGCUACACCACCCAUGACGAUUACCAGUUUUGCUAUUCGUGCCGGGGCAGGCCUGGAGCCAAACCUUCCCUUCUGAUGCUGCACGGCUUCUCUGCCCAUAAGGAUAUGUGGCUCAAUGUUGUUAAGUUCCUCCCAAAGAACCUUCAUUUGGUCUGUGUCGACAUGCCUGGCCACGAAGGCACCACCCGCUCCUCCUUAGAUGACUUAUCAAUAGAUGGACAAGUCAAAAGGAUCCACCAGUUUGUGGAAAGCAUCAAGCUGAACAGGAAGCCUUUCCACCUGGUGGGCACUUCCAUGGGGGGCCAUGUUGCAGGGGUCUAUGCUGCCUAUUAUCCAUCGGAUGUCUGCAGUCUGACAUUGGUGUGUCCUGCUGGCCUGAACAUCACCACCGAGAAUGCCUUCGUGCAGCAGCUCAGGGAGCUACAGGAAACAUCUGCUGUGGAUAAGAUCCCCUUAAUCCCGUCGACCCCAGAAGAAAUGGCCAACAUGCUGAAGCUCUGCUCCUAUGUCCGGUUCAAAGUGCCGCAUCAGCUUUUACAGGGCCUUGUUGAUGUUCGAAUUCCACACAAUGAUUUCUACCGAAAGCUGUUUUUGGAAAUCGUAAGUGAAAAGUCAAGAUACUCACUCCAAGAAAACAUGGAGAAGAUCCAAGUCCCCACACAGGUCAUCUGGGGGAAGCAAGAUCAGGUCCUGGAUGUGUCUGGAGCUGACUUGUUGGCUAAAGGAAUCUCCAACUGUCAAGUGGAACUUUUGGAAAACUGUGGCCACUCCGUGGUGAUGGAGCGGCCCCGAAAGACAGCCAAGCUCAUCAUGGAGUUCUUUUCUUCCAUGCACAGUGCAGCCAACAACAAGAAGCAUGACUGAGCUUCCUUUGGGAUCCAGCCCCUCCCUAGGAUCUACUCAGAUUUUAGAAAUCCGAUGCUCUGUUCGCUUCUCAGGGAUCCUGUACCCAACACACAGGUGAAGUGCCAAAGUCCCUGUGGAAACCAGAAUCAUGAUCAUUUUCUAAAUUGUUAGCACUAUGGCACUCUGCUUCCAUAAGGGACUGGAGAAGGUCUAAUUUUUUUUUUUUUAUAAAGUGGAAAAUCAGGUGGAAUAAAAGAAAUCGAGCCAUGGAACAGACAAAGUCUUUACAUUUGUUCAGCUGACAACACAGGGACAGUUUUGUGACAGCCGACCCAUAGUGGACCAUAACCUUCAAGUCUGUAUCAAGCCCAAGAGACUUUCUUUACUGACUGAGACAUCACAAUAUUUCUGUUAGAAUCUCUCACCUUGCAUGAUAACCCGUUCUGGUAGGAGAUAUUCUCAAUGAAACACUUACUCCUGCUUGUGUCUAGUUUAUUGAAGCUGUUCGUGGAGACUUAGACAGGAGAGCCAUUUAUGAGCUGAAGCCGUGAGAUGUCUAAUCUAAAAUGUUUACAAUGGCUGGAGAGGAGAGAGGUGGUGAGCUUGGGAUCAGCUCUAAGGGUGCUCGUCUUGGCAGUGGGCACAGGUCAACAGCGGAGAACAGUUAGUUUGAAGGGUACUGAAAAUCCAGUUGUCAGACAUGUCCCCUGGAAUCAUUUGUUUUUCAAGAAUUGGGGCCUAAUCACCAAACUAAGCAAUAAUAUACUCGGUAAUGAUGCGAAUGAUCAAAUUAAGGUUCCAUCCUACACAAACAAGUGACUUGCUUCUUUUCUAUAGACCCGUGCUGCUGAAAAUCCUUAGAUGUAAAUAAUGCAUUUAUAUUACUGAAUUCUGUGAAUUCUCUGCACAGUCAUAGGAUUGAUGACGAGGGUAACAGCCGUAAGAUUUUCCUGAAAUGACACAAAGUAAAUCUGAAUUCGAUCAGGACCACGUAGGUGAUUCUAUUUUCAAACUCCUAAGUGAGCUCAUGUGUUUGUUAAAGGGGGGAAAUGAGUCUGUUUAUAGAAAAGCUGGGUGGCCAGUCUAGGUGAUUUCUAAGUCUCGUUUUUUAUCCUGUUUGUAAUUUGUAGCUGACUGAAAUGGUCUGUCUGGAGUAAAGAACAAGCCUGGUCAAACUGUU